AUGGCAACCAAGUCGGAAAAGAACCCCGCCGCCGGCGACCCGAUUACCACUAAGAACCAGGUCCUGCAAGCCGGCGCCUCGGCCGUCCAGGACUUUGCGCCGCUGAAGAACGUCUGCGCGCACCUCAACGCGUUCCACGCCUACGCAUCGGACCCGUCCCGGGUGGUUGAGGCGAACCACUAUUGCGGACAUUUGAACGACGAUGUCCGACAGUGCAUCCUCUACGACAGCCCCGAGCCCCACGCGCGCAUCAUUGGCAUCGAGUACAUGAUUUCACCGCAAUUGUACGAGACGCUGGACCCGGAGGAGCGGAAGCUGUGGCAUAGCCAUGUGUACGAGGUCAAGUCGGGGAUGCUCAUCAUGCCCCAGCCGUCGUUGCCCGAUGCGCUGUGGGAGGCGGCGGAGAACAAGGAGAUGGAGGAAAUCGUUCGCGUCUACGGCAAGGUCUAUCACCUCUGGCAAGUCGACAAGGGCCAUCAGCUGCCUCUAGGAGAGCCGCAACUGAUGACCAGCUUCACGGCGGAGGGACAGUUCGACUUUGAGAAGUACGUCGGCGAUAGAGACCGGCGGUUCAAGACGGAUUAUAAAGAAAAGCAGGAGGCGCGGAAGCAUAUUGCCUCGCCGUCGGUCCAUCCCGACGCUGACCAAGCCUGGAAGAAGGCACAGCAGUAG